AUGAAGCGACCGCAGACGCCUUCUGCGGGGGCAGGUACAGCUCCAAAGGUUGAGCAUGAUGCGGUGGGGAAAUCACUCUACAGCUUGGUCUCUUUGGUCGAAGGCUUCGAUCAGCACAUGUUGUGUAUGUGUAUGAGGGCUUUCGAGGCUUCUUUGGGUCUGAAUCAGUCGCAAUUAUCUACGCUGAUGACCGUGUCUAAUAUUUCGCGCUUGGGCUGCUGUCUGAUUUGGGGAUUGCUGGCAGAUAAGUAUAAAUUAAAUCACGUGUUCGCAGCAGGCCUCCUGUGGAUGGGUAUUUUUUCGAUCAUUCAGAGUUCCACGUCCGACUACAAAUCAAUUAUUAUCUUACGCAUUUUACACGGUUUUGCUUUUGCCUGCAUUUACCCCGUGCAACAAAAAAUUGUUGCGGAAGACUAUAGUGACGUGUCGUGUAACCUAAUAUUCGGUACCAUGCAAGCGUUGAACUGCAUAGGGAGUCUGGUCUGUGCAGUUGUCACGACGCGUAUUGCGCGACAAGUAAUAUUGGGACACUACGGCUGGCGCACUGCUUAUGUCGUUUUGGGGUACGUAUGGAUAUUGUUUGGUAUAGCAAUUAUGUAUGGAAUGACAAGAGGGAAAAGUGAGAAAGAGAGAUGUAACGCAAAGGACAAAACGGAUGUGAAAGAAGUGAUAGAAGUAGCCUUUUCAGCAGUUUUUUACUGUAAGACGGCAGGUAUCUCAAUAUUCACGCUAUUCGUAGCGGAAACUCCCACGUGCGCGAUUUCCAAUAUGGCCCUGUACCUCCAAUAUUUGGGAGUGUCUGACGCCAUGGCAGGUGUUGCCGUGGCCACGACAAUGAUUGGUUGUGCAUUAGGAAGCGGCGUUGGUGGCUUAAUUAUUAAGUAUAUUUCAGAAAAUUAUGAAAGGCGUGGGGAACUUUAUUCCGGUAUUGCCGUUCUUGUCAUCCGACUAAUUCUCUGUCUAUUAUUCUUUUUAUGGAAGCCCCCAUGCGGAACUCUGUGUUGGUAUCAUUACAUGGAGUUAGCAGCGUUCGGUGGAACAUUAGUGACGGUUGGUGGUGUAGACAGGGCCCUUUUGAAGAAAGCAAUCGAGGACAAGUGUCAAGCUACCGCGGCAGCUGUGAUUAGAACCAUAUCAGGCAUCGCAAGUAUUGUAAUUCUCUUCCAGAUUUCCACGUAUUUGUCCGAAAAUGUGUUUGGCUACAUUCCGUCGACAGCGCCUUUCGAAACCAUGCAGGUCAGUAUUAAACAUAGAAAUGCUGAAGCACUGAAGUUGUCCAUGAUGUACAUUAUUGUAGCAGGCACGAUACUCAACAUUUUUUGUUAUGUUGCGUUGUUGUGUUAUGCUCCUGAGAGAGAAGGUGAUAAAGGAAAAGUAAAAUGA